AUGGGGUUUUCGGAGAACCCUAAGUUUUUUUUGUUGGUAAAAAAGGUUUUAAAAAAGUGGAAAUUUAUAGGAACCACCGUAUCCGUUGUAGGGUUCGCUUACCUCUGCGUGUUCAACAAAUUUAGCAAAAAGGCCGACCUAGACGCGCUGAUUUUUUCACAAUUCCCAGGAAAUUCCAACUUAGACAAAACUCAUGAGGACUUUCUAAACGAAACGAGAAGAUAUUUUUCGAACAACGGGUUCAAGGAAGAUAUAAUUGACUUAAUAAAUGAGUACAUCAGAGGUAUAUCGCCGUUUGUUCAAACGGUGAAGCACAGGAUUAUCGCAAAGGGUGGCGUAAAGGGCGACAUACUGGUCAGCACAGUUCCGUGCAAAUUUUGUAACAACAUGGAAAAUAUAAUUGUUGUGAUCAAUUUCGAUUACAAGGAAAGGAAAAAUUUUCAUUCCAUUUCAGUUGGUUUAACGUUAAUAAAUUAUUUUCAAAGCUGCAAUUAUAUGAGUAAGGAUAUUAUAUUUUUGUUCACCAACAAGGAAUGGCUAUAUUCUUUAGGGGUGCAGAAAUUUGUGGGAGAUUUUUUGUAUAGUAAUGACGUAAGGAAUGGCAGGAAGGCCCUCACCAGAUCGGCCAUCAUAAUAGAAUUUGAUUCUGUGUACCCUUCCCAUAUACACAUAAAUUAUGAAGGCCUAAAUGGGUUGCUGCCUAACCUGGACUUUAUCUUGCUGCUGACCAAUGAGCUCAACUACUACAACAUUCCUGUGAAAGUGGAAUCUGCUCACCAUGCGAUUUUUGACAUGGCGUUGGAGAGGGGCUACGAGAAGGGGCACGUGUAUUUCUUGAGGGAAAACAUUGCAGCCUUCACCGCCGCAGGCGUGAGUAAGAUCCCGUUGAAGAAUAAAAUGCUAAAUUUGUUCAACUUCACUAAAGCGAUGGAAAGUUUUAUAAGGAGCCAAAGCAAUACCCCAGAAGGAUUCUGUCACUCGUCCAACUUUUACUUUUUUGAUACCAUCAAAAGGAGGGUUCCCAUCAGUGUGUACUGCUACAGUGUGUACUUAAUAUGUGGGUACGCCAUUUUGAAGUUACUAAAAGGUUCCAUUCUACGCAGCUACACAAAUCUUUUGGUGGGUCUGUACGGGUAUGUAAAAACCAUUUUUAUAAUUUCCUUUCCUAUAUAUUUAUUUUCCACGAAUGAUAAAAUUUACGAGGUGCUGAGUUUGAAAAAGAAGCUCCCACUGUGUACAGAAUGGCACCCAGAUCGUUACGAACAUUACGUGGAGAUAGCUAAUUACUGGUGGGAAAUUCUCGUUUUGUCAAUCAUAGUGGCCCUUGUUUUUAAUUACGUAAUUUCCUGCAUGGUUAAAAAAAUUAGUAAAGUGAAUAAAUAUGAGAAGGUUCGUAAAAUUGAGAAAAUUGUCCUUUUAUACAAGGUGAAAAAGUUGAAUAAUAAAAUAAACAGUACAAUUGGGAUAAGCCAUUUUUAUGCCAAAUUGGAUAAUGAGGAAGUUUUAGCUAGCUGGGGCGAUUUUUCUAAAUUGACUAAACCGAAAAUUGUGCAUAGUGAUGAUGAGGAGUUUCUUCGCGGGAAGGAAAACAGAGCGCUGGUUAAGAAGCUACAAGACGAAUUGGAUGAGGUGGAGAAGACGUUACAACUACUCGGUAGCGGAAAUGUUUUGUACAUUUUUAAUAGCUCUGUCGCGCCGUAUUCUUCCAUAAUGAAUUGCAUGAACUGUUUUUAUUUCAUUUUUGUUGUUCUCCUGUCGUCGCUGUACAACUGGUCCUACUCAGCCCUCUUCAGCGUGCUCUUCGUGAUACCCGUGUGUAUCCUCCAUAACGCAAAGACAAGUCGGAAGAGUGUGAUUCACAAGGGCAUCAUUUUGGCUUUCAUUGUGCUAGGACUAGCGCUGGUGUAUCCCUACGAGGGCUUCAUUCUGAGCGCAAGACACAAAGUGAUGAGGCACCUAAUAAACGGAUUUGCAAAGUGCCAGAAAUAUUUGGCAAAAUCAAAAUUAGCGGACACUAAAUACUUUCCAGACUUUUUGGAAUUCCUGUGCUCGAACAAAAUUUUCGAACCUCUACAUGUAAAUAAAUAUUAUUUAAAGAAUCAGGACAUCAAAUUUAAUUACAGCAAUAAUAUUAAGAACGAAGUUUUACUAAAUCUGUAUAGCAUGGCUAGAAACCAUUACUGUGUUGGUUCGCAAGUGUAUCCCCUUACCAUGCGUGUGUAUGGUGCUUUUUGUAAUUGCUGUGUGGAUCAACUUUAG